UUACGACAGUGUUUUGCGGCAGCGGCGUCUGCUGGAGCUGUCUACUGUGUGCGUGAGGGAGGCAGACCGGCUGCAGCUGCUGUUGUGGACAAGAAGCCGUGAGGGCUGCGGACCGUGCGGCUCCUGCUCUCCCCCUACCCCGGGUAUUAGGACGAUACAUGUUCCCGGCUCAAGAUGGACUAUGACUUCAAGGUGAAGCUGACAGGGGAGCGGGAGCGGGUGGAGGACCUGUUUGAAUAUGAGGGCUGCAAAGUUGGAAGAGGCACAUACGGUCAUGUGUUCAAAGCCAAGAGAAAAGAUGGGAAAGAUGACCGAGAUUAUGCGCUGAAACAAAUAGAAGGUACUGGAAUUUCUAUGUCUGCAUGCAGAGAGAUUGCUCUUUUACGGGAACUGAAACAUCCAAAUGUUAUUUCUCUACAAAAAGUGUUCCUCUCCCAUGCAGACAGAAAGGUGUAUCUUCUAUUUGACUUUGCAGAGCAUGACCUAUGGCACAUAAUCAAAUUUCACAGAGCUUCAAAAGCCAACAAAAAACCAGUGCAGUUACCGCGAGGAAUGGUGAAGUCACUACUGUAUCAGAUUCUAGAUGGUAUUCACUACCUGCACGCCAACUGGGUAUUGCAUAGAGAUUUGAAACCUGCUAAUAUAUUAGUCAUGGGUGAAGGUCCGGAGCGAGGGCGAGUAAAGAUAGCGGACAUGGGAUUCGCCCGAUUAUUUAAUUCACCUUUAAAGCCUUUAGCUGAUUUAGAUCCUGUAGUUGUUACAUUUUGGUAUCGAGCUCCAGAGCUGCUUCUAGGGGCCAGACAUUAUACCAAAGCUAUUGAUAUAUGGGCUAUAGGAUGUAUAUUUGCAGAACUUCUAACGUCUGAGCCAAUUUUCCACUGUCGGCAAGAAGACAUAAAGACUAGUAAUCCUUACCAUCACGACCAGCUAGAUAGAAUAUUUAAUGUCAUGGGAUUUCCUGCAGAUAAAGACUGGGAAGACAUCAAGAAAAUGCCUGAACACUCUACACUAAUGAAGGAUUUUCGCAGAAAUACCUAUACCAACUGCAGCCUUAUUAAAUAUAUGGAGAAGCAUAAAGUAAAACCAGACAGCAAAACAUUCCACUUGCUUCAAAAAUUGCUGACAAUGGACCCAAUAAAGAGAAUUUCCUCUGAGCAAGCUAUGCAGGAUCCAUAUUUUCUAGAAGACCCACUUCCUACAUCAGAUGUGUUUGCAGGCUGCCAGAUUCCUUACCCCAAGAGGGAGUUCCUUACAGAAGAGGAGCCCGAUGAUAAGGGGGACAAGAAAAAUCAACAGCAGCAGCAAGGCAAUAAUCAUACUAAUGGCACAGGGCACCCAGGAAACCAAGAUAAUAGCCACGCACAAGGGCCACCGCUGAAGAAAGUAAGGGUUGUUCCCCCGACCACUACCUCAGGUGGACUCAUCAUGACCUCAGACUAUCAGCGUUCCAAUCCACAUGCUGCCUAUCCAAACCCUGGACCAAGCACAUCACAACCUCAGAGCAGCAUGGGAUAUUCGACUACCUCCCAGCAGCCUCCACAAUACUCCCAUCAGACUCACCGGUACUGAGCUGUACCCAGAGACCAGGAAACGUCAAUGCACUGUUGCUUGGGCUACAGGACUGAGCUUGUAGCCGCCUGCCUGGAGCCUGGCUUUGGAAUGCACUGUACAACCGCACCAUGAAAAUGUCCAGAAGCCAAGUUACACAACAUUUCACAGAAUGUAGAUCCCAUGUGGGGGGGGGCAGGGGGAGGUUCAAUGCGAGAGCGCGCGCAAAUCUUAGCACAGUCGAUAUUGUGAAUUUGCUACUUCCAUAGUAUACUUGAAAAUGGUUUAAAUUGACCAAUGCAUUUUUCAGUGAUGCUAGCAGUUGAAGCUGUGAAGUAUGCUUGGAACAAAGUUUUUUUUCGUUAUCGUAUGUGGUGACUUUUUACCGUAAGAACAUUAUCUGACCAAUUCAUAUAUAUGUAUUAUUUUUUAAUAAUAUUUACCAUCAUCAUCAUUGCACAAAGCUGGAACAAACUUAUCCAGAUCAUUUUGGUACCUUUUUUUUUUUUUUCGUUUUUCCUUUUGCAUCGUAUACAUUGCGUGAUACAGAUUUAUCAUCGUGAUCAGUAUUUUUGACCAGCAUUUUUUUUGUUACAUUUUACUCGCAUUUAUUAAACAUUUUGAGCCUCCCAAAGAACCUGAAUUUUUUAAAAUAACUUCUAUAACUUGACUGAUAUUAAAGCUGCUAUAUGAUAGUAAGUGAUUGAAACGGAUUUUGAAUUUGUUUGCUUGAGCAAACAAAAAAAAUUAAGUAAAAAAAAGUAAUAAAAAAAAUCCAAUUGUCCUAUUUUUUUCUGUUAAUGUUGCUGACUUGUGAGCAUGCUAUGGAGUUUUAUGAAGCAAAAAAACAAUGGGCAUGAAAGUUGCUCAUCCUCAGACGCUGCGUCUGUUUGGAGCUUUUUCGGCUGGCUUGGUGUAGGGGAUUUCUAAUCCAUCCCUAUUUGUUUUUAUUUGGUCCCCACCUUACUUUAGGGUGGAUGUUGUUACAGUGGAGCAUAUGGAGUAGGAAAGCCUUAGAAUUUACAAGGAAAACAAACAAUGUACUGUAUCAAACUAUUUUACAUGAAUGACAAGUAUUCUGAUUCAACAUUGUUAAAGCAAGGUGUUAAGUAAUAAAUUUAUUUUUCAUAA